UCCUUGUUCUUUUUCUUCUUUUUUUCUGCAACUCUUUGAAGCUCGUGUCGGUGGCGCAGUUUUACAGUGUGUCAGUGCUUUCAACGUCCUGUGACUUCGCCGCAGCGGAGAAUAAAACAUUUAAUUUAACAACAUUUUGAGUAAUUACGGUUUCGAACCGCUCACGUCCUCAUUUUCCUUGCUCGCUCUCUGUUUUUAAUGGCUACCAACCACCACCAUCAACCACUCAACAUCUCAGCUCCGCCGGGUGGUGGCGGAGCCAACGGCGGGUAUGAUGACGACGGCCGCCCUAAGCGAACGGGGACGGUUUGGACGGCGAGUGCUCAUAUUAUCACGGCGGUUAUUGGGUCGGGGGUUUUGUCGUUGGCUUGGGCGACGGCGCAGCUCGGUUGGGUGGCUGGACCUAUAGCGAUGUUGCUGUUUUCGUUUGUGACUUAUUAUACUUCCACUCUUCUUGCUGCUUGUUACCGCUCCGGCGACUCUGUCAACGGCAAGAGGAACUAUACUUACAUGGACGCCGUCCGGAACAACCUCGGUGGGUUUAAGGUGAAGUUAUGUGGGUUGGUUCAGUAUGUGAAUCUGUUUGGAGUAGCCAUUGGAUACACCAUAGCUUCAUCCAUAAGCAUGAUGGCAAUCAAGAGAUCGAACUGCUUCCAUAAAAGUGGUGGGAAGAAUCCUUGCCAUAUGAACAGCAAUCCUUAUAUGAUUUCGUUUGGAAUUGUGGAGAUUUUUCUGUCACAAAUUCCAGAUUUUGAUCAGUUAUGGUGGCUCUCCAUUGUAGCAGCUGUUAUGUCUUUUACUUACUCCAUUAUUGGACUCAUUCUUGGAAUCAUUCAAGUUGCAGAUAAUGGAAGACUCAAGGGCUCUCUUACAGGAGUUAGCAUUGGCACUGUUACUGAAUCCCAAAAGAUAUGGAGGAGCUUCCAAGCUCUUGGGGACAUAGCUUUUGCCUACUCUUUCUCCAUUAUCCUCAUUGAAAUUCAGGACACAAUCAAAGCUCCUCCAUCAGAAGCCAAGACAAUGAAGAAGGCUACUCUUCUUAGUGUAAUAGUGACAUCAGUUUUCUACAUCCUGUGUGGGUGUAUGGGUUAUGCAGCCUUUGGAGACUUUGCUCCUGGCAAUCUCCUCACUGGUUUCGGCUUCUACAACCCGUUUUGGCUUCUCGACAUAGCGAACGUAGCCAUUGUUGUCCAUCUUGUCGGUGCGUAUCAAGUUUUUUGCCAACCGCUCUUUGCUUUCAUCGAGAAAUUCGCGUCAAACCGAUUCCCAGAUAGUCAAUUCAUCAACGAAGACAUCAGUAUCCCAAUCCCAGGCUUUCGCUCCUUGAAACUCAACCUCUUCAGGUUAGUUUGGAGGACAAUCUUCGUGAUCAUCACCACUAUCAUCUCGAUGCUCCUCCCGUUCUUCAACGACAUCGUCGGACUUCUCGGAGCCUUGGGAUUUUGGCCUCUCACUGUCUACUUCCCUGUUGAAAUGUACAUUGCACAAAUGAAGAUCCCAAAAUGGAGCACAAGAUGGGUCAGCCUCCAAAUUCUCAGCUUGGCUUGCCUCAUAAUCACCAUUGCAGCAGCAUCUGGAUCUGUAGCUGGAGUUAUUCAAGAUUCCAAGUCAAUUAAGCCUUUUCAAACCAUCUACUAAUUCAAUUCAAAAUUUACCUUCGUCAUUAAAUUAUUACUACGCUGCUGAACAAGAACGACCACAAAACAACACCCAUAAAUGCAAUCCCUACUGCACUUCUCUCUUAUAGCUUCAGUAACUUUUGUAAUGGUUAAAUUUCUCUCUUUUUUUUUUAACUGUUGAGUAAGUAGUAAAGUAAGGACCCCAUGAAGGAGAGUCUGUAAAUGGUGAAUCCAACAGAUUCACACGUUUCAAUCCGAAGACUGUAACUUUUCCUAUUUCCUUAAGGAAAUUAGAGUAUUCACAUGGAAAGUUUCAUCUAUUUGAAAUUUAUUACUU